CGGAACCACGCGGCCGCCAGCCCCGCGGUCGUGUGCGCGGACUGCAACGACAGGAGCAAGUCGAUGGUGCUGUCGGCGGACGCGGAGCAGCUGCGCGAGGCCGAGGUCCUGGCCGCGAGGGCGUACACGUGCUGCGUCUGCCUGGCGGCCGGGGCGGCGGAGAGGGUGAGCUUCGCGCUGUGCGGGCAUGGCGUAUGGGGGUACGAGGAGGAGGCAGGGGAGCUGUCGGCCGCGGUGCCGGAUGGGGAGGGCGUGGUCCGCGGGGGGUUCAUGGGUAGCCCGACGCCGGUGUGGGGGUGCGGGUGCGCAAAAUUGCUGUCGACUAUGUGCCAGGCGCAUCGGCUUAUGCACGCUGAGCUGUGGCUGACGCAGGUGAGGUUGAUGAAUGAGUGGAUCGUUGGGAAGUAUGGGCGCAAGGUGUGUCCGCUUUGCCACGUCAAGGGCAGGCCUGCUGUUAAUGAGUUCAACUUUGAGGGCCAGCUGGGCGGGGAGGGUGUUGAUAAGCUGGCGUGGGCGUGCGUGUCGUGCCAGGAGUUUGUCGUCGUGCCGAGGAAUCUCGGGAAGGGGCUGCUGCCUGGCAUCGAGACUAUGGUCAUCGACGUCAACAGCUAUUAUAGGAGGUCGUCUGAGAUCUACACGUCUGGGACUCGGGAGGGUUGGGUCCCGCAGAUGUGAACUUGUCUUUGUGUGUAUAAAUAGUCAGGGGGGAUCGCAGCUGGGUUUGGUUUGAUUUGGCAUUGCCUUGCUUUGAGAGGGCGUUAACGGUUCCGUAUCGCACGUUCAAGUGGUUUGAAUCAAGUUUGAAGUACACGUCUGCUAUAUUAUCCAUGGUGUAUGGGUUAGUAACUGGCACGGCAUGUAUCCUUGCCACAGUCCCUAGGGAUAAGUAAUCCUAUCCCGAGUUGUCACCU